AGGAGACGCAUCCGGUCCGGCCCACGACUCGCGCCAGCCAAUCACGUGGUGCUCCCCCCUCCCUCUUCGUAGCGUCACUGUGAUUGGCCGCAUCGGGGAGCGGGAGGGCCCGGGCCAGGAGUUGUGUCAGAGCGACCGGAACCGUCAGAGGAAGAGAGAGGGGGAGAGCGAGCACCGAACCGUCUGCCCACCAACCGCCCGACUUCAAUGAACAGCUCGCCCGUGACUGUAAGCCUCACAGCCCGGGGGGGAGGGGAGCUGGGGGGAGGGGGUGAACACACGGUGGGAGACAUGCCGGGUGCAGGGCCCUCUCACAGCGGGCUGGCUGGCCGGGCUACCCAACCUGGCAUGUGGCCACUGACCUCGUGCGAGUCCAUGUGUGAGGCAGGAGGGCUCGCGCUGGGUGAGGGCUGGGUGACCGCAGGCUCUGUGUGCGCACACUGCCGGCAGCCCCGCUAGCCUGGGUGGGCCAUGGGGAGAGCCUGGGCCUCCCCGGUAGUCAUGGUGGCAUAGCAGGCCCUGCUCUGGGUGGAUACCGGCUGUGUCUGACUGACUGGCAUUGGAUAGCCGGCCUGUGUUAGUUACCCUGCACGGCAUGGGAGGCUGUCUGUCCGCUCUAAAUUACCAUCUCAUAGUCAGUCAGACAGCAGCAGUGGACUGGCAUUAUUACUAUGGUUAGAUUAUUACACCUAUUUGUCUCAUGUCUUGUUUUAAGGCAUGCAUAUUUUCUUCUUCAGGAAGCAGAGCCUACAUUGAUGGUGUAUUUCCUGUGGGUUUCUGUGUAUUUGUUUAGUGUCAUUAUGAAUGAUACAAUGUUACAUGUGAAAUAACUGAUACAAGACCCACCUGUGAUCACUUUGCAGCCAAGGGAGAAUCUUAUGUUUAUAUUUUAAUGCGUGUAGUUAAAUAUUAGUGAAAUAGGCACAAAUAGUUUACAAGCCCUUGAAUCACGUGGUAUCUUGCAUUGGCUGCAGAACUGAUCUGUGGAGCAUGUCCACCCCUUCAUUGCCCAGUUUAUUUCCUUUUAGGGAGGGUUUGAUAGUCAACAGUGACACAAAAACACUUCUGUAAAAUUAGACUAAUCAACCACUGGAUGGGGUUUAUUGGGUUAGUGCUCCACAAAUUGUGUUUAGCAAAUGGUUGCUUUAGUAUCUUAUUACAUGUGUAUUUUCACUCCCACAAGCAACAUAUAGAAUUUCACUGACCAUGAUGGGAGCUGUAGUCCAGCAAGGGCAGACCAGGUAUAUCCCUCAAUUCGAUGUGACAUACAAUAUCAACAGAGUAGUUUGUAGGUUUUUUUUUUUAUUUUUUUUGUGGCUUCCUCCUUGAUUUACAAAGAAAAACUAGAAGAAAAAACACAUCACAUUUUGUUUUUUCUUUGUCAAAGAAUAAGUGAGUGAAAGUGCUUGGGAGCAUUAGUUUUGAAACCCUGUGUGUAAUUUAUCUAAGAUUGGCACGCUAUGCCUGACACCAGAUACAACCAUUAAAUACAGUUGAUGUUGCCAACUAGGAUAAGAUGUAAGAUGAAGUGAUUGUGGUGCCUAGUUACCUUUAAGAGUUAGUAUUUCACAUAAGAAUAGAUGUGCACUUCAGAAUAUAUUAAGCCACUCAAAAGUACCCACAGAAUGUUAAAUUAGCAGGUUUUUUUUUUUUUUUUUAAGUGUCAAUAUCAUUAGAGGCUCUAUUACUUACCAAAAACUAUAUUUUCAAUUGUGUAGCAAAUCAUAAUUAUGCUCUGGUUUUUAUAUUAGAAAUCUGCAGUUUGAUAGCAAGUGCUGACACUCUAGCACCACUACAUUACUUUAAGCACCAUAAACUUUGCCAUGCAGUUCCUACUCUUGUUGAAAAGGCUUUAUUUUUUGCUAUCGGGAAGGCCUGAACAGUCUUUUUGUUGAUGGUUUAAUUUCCAUAAAUCAUUGAAUUUUGCUUUGGUGAAGAAAUUGUUAAAAGUAAAUCUCUAAAAUACAUGUUUAAUGAAAACCACAAGUUCGAAAAAAGGGUUUUGAUGUAUUAACUUGUGUUUAUAGCACAAGUUGUAGAUGUAUGCACUUUAUUUUCUGGUUUGAAAAAGUAGUGUCCUGUUCACUAUAUGUUUAGGUACCAUGUCUUCAAAUUUUAAAUGAAGUCUAAGUUUUUAGGAACACUAUAGCAUUAGGAAUAAAAACCUGUAUUUCUAAUACUAUAAUGCCCCUGUCCCUAGUUUAGAGUUGUGUCCCUUCCAACUGGUGUGCCAAGAAGUCCAGGGUUAUGUCUUUCCUUAAGUGGCUUGGCAAAUUGUUUAGCCCCAAACAUUUAAAGACUGCGCCUAUGUGCUCUAUGAUAUACAUUUUUGAAGUUUUGGGGGUGCUAUUCCCAUGCUGCAGUUUACAUUAUGAAUCCAUCCAACGAUAGAAAAACUACCAGCAUUUUGUUGAUGUCAAUAAUGCUGUUAAGCCAUUAGUCCUAAAACAAGCUUACCCUGUUAAUUGUGUAAAAAAUUUAAUUCUCAAUCCACCGAGUAACCAACUGUUGAUUUAUAUAAUCUGGCAGCUUGUACAAUGAUUAUACUGUUAUCUUCCACCUAAAAGCACAGCUGCUCCCUCCCUUCUUGUAGGCUGAGCUUGUCUUUCUUGGUGACUCAGUACCUACCUGAGAACAGUAUGACCUUAUGCAAUGACUUGAAAUGUCACAACCAUAGUCAGUUGUCUUCUCUGCUGCCUAAAAUCAAUAUCAAGAUGACAUUGACCAUGUGUUUACUCACUCUCCCUCCCACACUAUCCUGUCACUAAGAGCACAAGGCUCCUGACGUGUAAUCGCAUGCUGCUGGGAGACUGAGCUGGAUAUGCUGCACAUUAAUAUCUAUAUCUCGUAUACAUCUGAAUCCAUAUAUAAUGUGUUCAUUUUAAAUGACUUUUCAGAUAUCAUGUCCAUAGAAUCUCGAUGGAUACAUUGAUAAUCUGUUAUUUUGAUUUUGUAGAAUGCCGGUUUUAUUCAUUUGUGACCGCUGCCUGAUCUGUUCUUGUUGAGUACUGGACUUUCUCAUUGGUAAUGGAUACUAGUUGUUGCAAUUUCACAUGGGACUGGGUUUGUUAUGCAAAACCUUACAGAAACUAGUUUCUCUGGAAAUAUUUUUUCUGUAGCUUGCUUUAUCAGUGUAAAAUUGAGUGUUAUUUUAACACAUUUAGGAAAUGCUGCUUCCGUUUGUGGCCUAGUCAUGCAUGUUUGGUAAUUUGGGGAAGUGAUUUUAAAUUACUGUGGUGACAGUUUUAGUUCUUUGCUUUGUUGCACUUGAGUGUGUCUUCCAACUAAACUUGUUCUUGUUUGGUCACAUUCUGUUGCAGGUUGGCUGACUGCCUUCAUAGUUACAUAGUUCCUUUUUAUAUAAAAAGUCAGAUUUUACUGACUCCCUAUUUUUAUACAGUUGUAUAUGUCCAUUCAAGUUGAGUGGAAUAUGUUGAAAUAAACAUGAAUUUCUAUUUUUAAUAUUUUGUUUCCUUAUGAAUGUUUUCAUUUUUAUUCUGUAUGGGAUACAUUUUGGUUCUUUAAAGCAUAGGGCCUAUACCUUACUAUUUUAUAUAUUGUUAUAUUUGGAUUUUAAUUUAGAUACAAGGCCAAUGUUUUUAUGAUGGAACACAAGGGAUGUUUUUAGACAGUGUGUAUAUUUACUGUUUUGUUUUUUUAACUAUAUUUCAUAUUUGCUGUAUUCUAUGUUCCCAUACAUAUGUAUAUUUGAUUGUGGAUGGAGAAUGUGUUUACCCCAUUUCCCCUCCCUUUUUUUUUUUUUUUUAUUGUACACCUUCCCAAUGUUUUUCUAGACCUGGUUGUCUACUACUUUUCUUAACAUUUAAGUGUAAACACUUUAAAGGGACACUAUAGCCACCCGACUACUUCAUCUCAUUGAAGUGGCCCGGCUGCAAUGUUCAGUCCCCUUAAUCCUACGAUGUAAUUCUGUUAACGCUGGGCAUACUCACAUCUUGCAUGAGGAUGGCUAGCAUCAAUAAAAAUAAAUACUUGUAGAAAAGCAUUGAUUCAAUUCUUUACAAUGGGGUAGGUCUAAAGCAUAUAUGGCGCCAAUGUGAUCGCCGUGCUAUAUUGCAGGAGGUACACAAUUCAAUUCUGAAUGACCUCUGUGCUGGAAUCUAAUUAUCAGAUUUUUAACCUUUUAUUGCUGGGGAUGCAGAGGGACACACGUGUGUGUGUGUGUGUGUGUGUGUGUGUGUGUGUGUGUGUGUGUGUGUGUGUUUUUUAUUUUAUUUAUUUUUAUAGAAAGACCAUUAUAAAGAUGUUUUGAACUUUUCUCCUCCUAAAGCUAUGACUGUGUCUAUUUAUCGUAAGGUCAAUGGAGCUAUCAUGACCUGUAUCCCGAAGGCACACUGCAUAAAUCUAUCAAUUUUGCUUUUACUGUAAAAACACUUCUCACAUUCGCCCUUUUCUUACUCAGGACACUGUUAAAGGGAUACUGUAAGUGCCAGGAAUAAAAAGCUGUAUUCCAGGCACUAAAGCACCCUCUGUCACUCCCCUCCCUUGCUCCACCCCACCACCGGGGAAAAUAAAGGGUUAAAACCCUUGACUUGUCUCAUUCCAGCUCCGAUGUCUCUCGGCGGUGGGAAGAUGCUCUGAAUCCUCUGACGUGCUGGCACUAAUGCGCAGGUAUGGCAAAUGCGUGCACAUUAGAUCUCCCCAUAGGAAAGCAUUGAACUAGUGCUUUUCUAUGUGGAAAGAAAUCUAACGCUGGGUGUCCUCAUGCAGGGCAAGAGGACAUCCAACGUUGGAUACCAGACCAAAGGUCUGUUUCAAUCCAGGAAGCCAUCUAGUGGCUGUCUGGUAGACUGCAACUAUGGGCAGACUUGGAAAUGCAAGUUAAACACUGCAAUUUCUAUGGAAAGCAUUUGUGCUUGCAUUGACCCUUUUAAUCUCUCGUUAUUUCCCGUCUUGACUACUGUAACACUCUGCUUAUCGGACUGAAAAGUGCCCAGAUUGACCCUCUGCAGUCUGUAAUGAACACCUCUGCCAGACUUCUCUACCUUACGCCCAGCAAGGUUGGUCAGUCUCUGCACUGUCUUCCUGCUCCGUUAGGAUAUGGUUCAGAAUAUUCGUCCUUGCUUACAAAGCUCUCUGUAACCAUGCCCCUGCUUACACAUCCACACUCAUCAGUAGAUCUGCUCCAGUCUAGCCUAUUCACUCUGCCUUCGACGUUAUACUAUCCAGUUUCUGCAUCCGACUCUUUCCCUCUUAUCUAAUUUUGCUCCUUCUUAUGGAAUGUUCUUCCACAAGCCUUUAAAAAAAAAAAAAAAAAGCCUAAAAUCACAUUACUGUGGAACCUCGGAACUCGAACGGUCCCAUUCUCUAACAAUUCAGAAGUCAAACGAAAAUUUUGAGUAAAAAAAUGUCUCGGUACCCGAACAUACAGCAAAGAGCCAUGUCUCAUUUUCAAGUCAGAAAAGGGUGCAUUUGUAAGACCAAUCUAUUGUGUCACAGGUCUGGAGCACGGUAGGGAGUUAAAAACCUUCAACUAAAUUGAAGAAAGGUGAUCCUACUCCUAUGUAUAUUUCAGUUUUGAAGUAUUUAAGGCGAUGUUUAUGGACUCACAUUUGGAUUCUAAUAAACACCUGUCUGCUUUUGGGUGGAAAAAGUAUGUAAAAUGCUGUAAUUUUUGGGGGUCUUGACUGGAUAUUAAUUCUUAUGGGAAUGUUAAUUCGGUUCUCGAACAGCCUUCGGGAACUUAAGUUCUAGUUCCAAGGUUCCACUGUACUUUAAAGGGACACUUCAGUCACCUGAACAACUUUAGCUUAAUGAAGCAGUUUUAGUGUAUAGAACAUGCCCCUGCAGCCUCACUGUUCAAUCCUCUGCCAUUUAGGAGUUAAAUCCCUUUUGUUUAUGAACCCUAGUCACACCUCCCUGCAUGUGACUUGCAGAGCCUUGCAUAAACACUUCCUGUAAAGAGAGCCCUAUUUAGGCUUUCUUUAUUGCAAGUUCUGUUUAAGAUUUUUUUUUUAUUUAUUUUUUUUUUUUAUCCCCUGCUAUGUUAAUAGCUUGCUAGACUCUCCAAGAGCCUCCUGUAUGUGAUUUUAAAGUUCAAUUUAGAGAUUGAGAUACAAUUUAUUUAAAGGACCACUAUAGUGCCAGGAAAACAUCAGAAAAAAGUCCCCCUCCUGCCGGGCUCUGGAGAGAGGAAGGGGUUAAAAUCUUACCUUUCUCCAGCGCCGGGUGGGGAGCUUUCCUCCUCUCCUCCUUCCUAGCGACGUCAUCGGCUGAAUGCGCAUCGCGGCAGGAGCCGCACGCAUGUUCAGUCAGUUCAUAGGAAAGCAUUUAGAAUGCAUUCCUAUGGACGCUGGCAUCUUCUCACUGUGACUUUUCACAGUGAGAAGCACACAAGCGCCUCUAGCGGCUGUCAAUGAGACAGCCACUAGAGGCUGGAUUAACCCUCAGUGUAAACAUAGCAGUUUCUCUAGCUGGACCAGGCACCCAGACCACUUAAUUAAGCUGAAGUGGUCUGGGUGCCUAUAGUGGUCCUUUAAGGUAAAUUACAUCUGUUUGGGCCCUCUUCACAUGUCAAUCAUGUUUCUAAUUUUUUUUUUUUUUUUGUUUUUUUUUUUGUUUUGUUUUUUUAGUGUUUACCUAUUGUAUAGCGUUGUGGAAUAUGUUAGUGCUAUAUUAAUAAUUGUAAUUGACUAUAUCUGCUUUGCUAGCGUUAUUCCUGUAAGAACAUUAUGGGAAAUCUAGUCCAACAUCUGGAAUACUGAAGGUUGACUACCACUGGUCUGUCAUCAUAGUAAUCUGUUCUUUAAAGAAGGGUUGCUGUAAGCAUCAUAACCACUGCAGAGUACCACACCCCAGUAAUGUGGCAAACUGUUUAACAGUUUGUAACCCCCCCCCUUACCUGGUACCCGCUGGCCUCUGGUGUGCUGAUGUUGCUUGGAAGUUGCCAAAGUUUCACAGAAUUUACUCUUGUUCCAGGCAGCUACUGAUGCCCUAAUUAUGCUUCUGGUAGCAGAGGGAUUAAACAGUUUUGGUAAUGCAGGGUUUAGCUUGGUGGAAAUAGCAGAAGCUGCUUGCAGGAACUUCUGACCUCACAUGAGGAAGCAAAUGAUCCUAGGUAAAUUGUCAAAUAAAAUUCUCAAUUUGACUUCUUACCAUGAGAGGGAAAUCCUGACUCCAUAACCACUAUAGUGGGCUGUAGUGUUUAUGGUGAUUUGAGUGUUCAUUUUAAAAUGAAACAUUCCAUUUUGGCAUAGUGGUCAUGGUAUUUGGAGUAUUCCUUUUAAACGAUAAUGGCUGUAAAUGUUCAUCUGCAUUAGUUCAAACUUUUCAUGUCUUUUUUUUGCCAUUAACUCUAAACUUUAUUCAAUUGUUGCACUUAGCCAAAGUUUAAUCUAUUGAGUGAUAAUGGGACCACAGACAUGGCUGUGUCUAACAUAGAAAUCAAUCAAGCUGUUUAAUGGUUUGAUCACCUAAUAUAUGUUCAGUAGCUGUAGUUAAAGGACCACUCUAGGCACCCAGGCCACUUCAGCUUAAUGAAGU